UCGUCUGCCGCGCAUGCGUAGUAGUCGUUUACUGGCUUGUCAGACGAGAAAGUGGGUCGUCGCAUUUCAGGAAUUUCCAGUCGACAUUAAUUAAUAAAACAUGGAAACGAUCUCGAAUUAAGCGAAAGUAGUUCGUGACAUAAUAAUGUAAUCGUCUUUUGGAUCGGAAAAUAAAUAUUCCAAAUAUGAAGGAGAAAGAUGCGUGUCUAUAUAAACACUUAUCGUCUCAUUCCAAUUGGAUCAGUUGUUUGUCUUUUGUUAUAUUUAUACAUUUUGAACAGCAAAGAACUUAAACAACCAUAUGUAUCUUAUAAGACAUCCAAAAGGACUAUUCAAUUAUUCAAAAACGUCAAUACAAAUCUAACUUUUUCUAUUAACACUUUAUAUCCAUCCAUUAAGAAUGAUAAGGAUGUUGACAAACAACUUACUCAUAACACCAAAUUUAUUUUACUUUGGACUCCAUUUUUUGGAGAUUGGAACUGGAAUUUUUUGCCAUUAGGCAAGAGAGCAUUUAUGAAUUGUCAGAUCAGAGAUUGUUACGUGACCAUUAAUUCUACCCUUCUGAUUCAGAGUGAUGCAGUUGUCUUUCAUGCCCGUGAUAUCUUGGUUUACAGUUUGCCAAAAGAAAGAAACAAAGAUCAAAAGUGGAUUUUUUAUUCUUUAGAAUCACCUCAUUAUUCUUAUUUUGGUGGAUUUCGUGUUUUGAAUGGAGUUUUUAAUUGGACCAUGUCUUACAGAUUAGACUCUGACAUUGUCAUGACAUAUGGAAAGGUAGAGCCUAAUCCCAUCUCAUCUGUAUGGAAUGAACAGAUCGGAAGAGAUGUUUGGAGGAGGAAGAAAAGAUCGGUGAUAUGGAUGGUGAGUCACUGCGAAACAGCUUCUAAGAGAGAGAAUUAUGUCAAAAAAUUGAAAAAGUACAUAGACAUAGAUAUAUUUGGUACUUGUGGUAGGGCAGUCUGCCCGGCCAAUCGCACAGCAGAUUGCCUGAAAAGUUUUUCUGCUAUUUAUAAAUUCUAUUUAUCUUUUGAAAAUUCCAUAUGUAAAGAUUACGUCACUGAGAAAUUCUUUCAAAUUUUACAAUACGACAUGGUACCCGUAGUCUAUGGUGGUGCUGAUUAUAAAAAGAUUGCACCGCCAAAUUCUUACAUAGAUGCUUUACAGUUUUCUCCCAAAGAGCUUGCGGAUUAUUUAUAUAAAGUAGCUAACAAUUAUACUCUCUAUAAUUCUUAUAUGAAUUGGAAGGCAUCUUACAAAACUAUUGUCAAUAUUAAUCAUUGUGAUCUAUGCUAUAAAUUGCACAAAAAUAAAACCAAAACUGUUAUUAAAGAUCUUAAAUCUUGGUGGAUUGAUGAAGCUAAGUGCAGGACAUUAUAUAUAUAAAGACUUUUAUAUUUUUCUCAGGAGUCUCUUAAAAUUUUUCAUUGUAAGCUAGACACCAACCAAAGCUGAAUGCUAUCAAGCUAUAAAUGGCUGUAUUUCUAAAUAAAUUAUGCAAACAAUUUGACACUAGAGGGAGGUGUUAAU